AUGGUUCAUACUAUCAAGUUACAUUUGCUUGUGACGACUGGAAUAGAUUUUUAUUAUCUUGCUAAUACUGUCACUAUUGAUGUAUCUGGUACUUACCAAGCUACAUCAAAAUGUAUAAAAAAUGAUCAUCUAUACGGGAUUGGAAUGUACUUUCUGGAGUCAGAUGGAUGCAAUACAUGUAAAUGCAAACCAAAAGUCGGAAUUGUCUGCACCAAAAUGACGUGUAGUGUUGAUAAAGUAUUUUGUUUCUUUGGUAAAAACGUCUACAUUACUGGAGACAGCUUUGUACAUCCUAAUGGCCGGCGGAAUUGUGUUUGCCGAAUUGAUGGAACUGCAUACUGUAAAUUUCGUAAUAUCAAACCAGUAUCCGGUGAUCCUAAUAAGUGUCUUUACAUGGAAAAAGAGUAUAAAAUUGGAGAAAUAUUUCCAUUUAACGACGUAUGUAACAUGUGUGAGUGCUUACCAAAGGGAAAAUACGCCUGUUCAAAAUGGAACUGCCCUCAGAACCAGCCCUUUGGAGGCUCCUAUUCAGAAACUGGGAUGCGUCCUGAUACUUGUCUGAUUCAGGAGCGUCGGUUCAGACUGUUUACUCGAUUCUCCGUGUUAGACCCUGUUUACUGUAUUCUCUUCACUAAGGAUCUGGCUGGGUUGAUGGCUCGCGUUGUACAUAAUUCGCUACCGAAGAAAUUCUGCACUUACAAGGGACAUGAAUAUCGGAUUGCACAGGUUUUCUUAGGCGAUGAUGGUUGCAGUAAAUGUUCGUGCCCGGCUUCCGGUGAAGUUACAUGCGUGAAACAAACUUGUGUCAUAAAAAAGGAAGUUGUGACAACAACAUCAGCGCCUUUCUGUGUGUACAACGGGUUUAAAUACAACAAAAAUGAAGAAUUCGCCGGUAUAGAUGGCUGCAGUAAAUGCUCGUGCACCGAAUCCGGUGUAGUUGCGUGCAUCAAGCAAAUGUGCUCCGAAUUAGACAACAAUCCCGCGCCCACUCCGCAGACGGUCUGCAUUUACAAUGAACAUACAUACCAAGUGGAAGAGGAAUUUGAGGGUGCAGAUGGCUGCAGCAAAUGUCAGUGUUCCGGUUCCGGUCUAGUUACGUGCGUGAAGCAAGUUUGCUCCAAAUCAAGAAACGGUGAAGCAAUGAAACGUUCUAUUUCCACUACAAAGAAGAUAUACUUGUCUGAGUCGUGCACCUACAAUAAUGUUGUUUAUAAAAUUGGUGUCAAAUUCAUGUCUAUCAACGGCUGCGACAUGUGUUACUGUAUGCUUUCUAAAGAAAUCAUUUGCACAAAGAAAAAUUGCAAUGGUCAAAAAUCAAGACAGAAGAAAUCUUACUCAGUAUGCCGCUACAAUGGACAAAUAUAUAUAUUUGGACAAACGUUCACAGCAGUAGAUAACUGUAAUCAGUGCGGUUGCAAGGCCAACGGAAACAUAGUAUGCACCAAAACUAUAUGCCCUGCCACAACAACUCAAGUAAUUACAGUAGAGAAGGGCGACACUUCUGCAGUUUGCCGUUACCAUGGAAAAGUAUACAUAUUUGGACAGACAUUUAUUUCUAUAGAUAAAUGUAAUCAGUGCAGCUGCAGGUCCAAAGGAAAAGUGGAGUGUACCCAAAAAAUAUGCUCCUCACAGGGUGAAGCACAUCUUUUAGAAAUUACAACAGAAAAGUUCGACCUUUUCGCUAUAUGCCACUACAAUGGACACGUAUAUAUAUUUGGACAAACGUUCCCAUCCGUAGAUAAGUGUAAUCAGUGCAGCUGCAAGAGCAAAGGUGUUAUAACUUGUAGCAAGAGAACAUGCCCGCCUCCAAGAAUGCAAGCAACAACAAAAAUCGACAUUAAAGUAGAGUGCCGCUACAAUGGGAAAAUAUUUGUAUUUGGACAGACCUUCAUUGCCAUAGAUAAAUGCAAUCAUUGCAUCUGCAAAUUCAAAGGAAAAAUAUCAUGUACCAAAGAGAAAUGUCAAGAAACUACAACGCAAAAGACCAGGGAAUCUUCCUCAGUUUGCCGUUAUAAUGGACAAGUAUACAUAAUUGGACAGAUAUUUGUCGCUAUAGAUAAAUGUAAUCGUUGCAGCUGCAAGCCUGAAGGCAUUAUAAUAUGUACCAAACAGACAUGCUCAUCCCCACAAAAGGAAGCUUAUCUUACAGAAUCUGGUGAAAGAAAGCUCAAGACUUUCGCUGUAUGCCGCUACAAUGGACGCACUUAUGUAUUUGGGGAAACGUUCACAGCCGAAGAUAAAUGUAAUGAAUGCAGUUGCAAAAGAAAAGGUGCAGUAAUAUGUACCAAAAAGCCAGUGUGUUCUCCAUCAAUAUCAGAAAUUUCAGUAAAAUGCCACUAUAAUGGCAAAACAUAUAACAUUGGAGUUACAUUUGAUGCUGCUGACAAAUGCAAUAAAUGCACUUGCAAGGCGAAAGGAAAUGUUGACUGUACCACAAAUAUAUGCGUUUUCUCAGAAAAACAUGAGAUAUCAGUAAAAUGCAAGUACGGAACGAAAAUAUAUAUCGUUGGAGAGACGUUCCCAGCUACUGAUAACUGCAAUAAAUGCAGUUGCAAAUCCAAAGGAAUUGUAGAAUGUACGAAAAGUAUAUGCCUUUCCACAGGAAGUCAAGAAGCUCCCAUCACGCUCAUAGCAUGCCACUACAAUGGAAAGGUCUACAAAUUUGGGCAAACAUUCGCAGCCAUAGAUAAAUGUAAUCAAUGCGCUUGUAUGACCAAAGGAAGUGUAAUGUGCACUAAAAAGAUUUGCUUUUCCAAAACAAUUCAAGUAAAAACGGAAUGCUACUAUAACGGAAAAGUAUACAUAAUUGGUCAAACGUUCAUAGCCAUAGAUAAAUGCAAUGAGUGCACAUGCAAGCCUGCUGGAGCUGUCAUGUGCACCGAAGAGAUAUGCCCUCUCUCAAAAACUACAGUAACUAAAAUAGAAUGCCACUACAACGGAAAAGUAUACGUAAUUGGUCAAACGUUCAUAGCCAUUGAUAAAUGCAAUCAGUGUACAUGCAAGUCUACUGGAGUUGUUGUGUGCACCGAAGGGAUAUGUCCUCUCUCAAAAACUACAGUAACUAAAAUAGAAUGCCACUACAACGGAAAAGUAUACAUAAUUGGGCAAACAUUCAUAGCCAUUGAUAAAUGUAAUCAGUGCACUUGCAGGUACACUGGAUCUGUUAUAUGCACCGAAAAGAUAUGCCCUCCCUCGGAAACUACAGUAACUAAAAUAGAAUGCCGCUACUACGGAAAAGUAUACGUAAUUGGGCAAACAUUCAUCGCCAUAGAUAAAUGCAAUCAGUGCACUUGCAAGUACACUGGAGCUGUUGUAUGCACCGAAAAGAUAUGUUCUAUCUCAAAAACUUCAGUAACAAAAGUGGAAUGUCACUACUACGGAAAAGUAUACGUAAUUGGGCAAACAUUCAUAGCAAUAGAUAAUUGUAAUCAGUGCAUUUGUAAAUUCACUGGAGAUAUUCUAUGCACCGAAAAGACAUGUCCUCUCUCAAAAACUACAGUAACUAAAAUAGAAUGCCGCUACUACGGAAAAGUAUACGUAACUGGGCAAACAUUCAUAGCAAUAGAUAAUUGCAAUCAGUGCAUUUGUAAAUUCACUGGAGAUAUUCUAUGCACCGAAAAGACAUGUCCUCUCUCAAAAACUACAGUAACUAAAAUAGAAUGCCACUACUAUGGAAAAGUAUACGUAAUUGGGCAGACAUUCAUAGCCUUCGAUAAAUGUAACCAGUGCACAUGCAAGCCCAGUGGAGACGUUUUAUGCACCGAAAAGAUAUGUUCUUCCUCCAAAACUACAGUCACUAAAAUAGAAUGCCGCUACUACGGAAAAGUAUACGUAAUUGGGCAAACGUUCAUCGCCAUAGAUGAAUGUAAUCAGUGCACAUGCAAGCCCAGUGGAGACGUUUUAUGCACCGAAAAGAUAUGUUCUUCCUCAAAAACUUCAGUGACUAAGAUAGAAUGCCGCUACUACGGAAAAGUAUACGUCAUUGGACAAACGUUCAUAGCCAUAGAUAAAUGUAAUCAGUGCACUUGCAAAUACACUGGAGCUGUUGUAUGCACCGAAAAGAUAUGCUCAAAAACUACAGCAACUAAAAUAGAAUGCCGCUACAACGGAAAAGUAUACGUUUUUGGGCAAAUAUUCAUAGCCAUAGAUAAAUGCAAUCAGUGCACAUGCAAGCCCAGCGGAGAUGUUUUAUGCACCGAAAAGAUAUGUCCGCCCUCAAAAACCACAGAACAACAGAUAGUUGUUAAGCAGUUUAGACGGGAAAGCUAUAUAUUGCUUGGAAACGACGGCAUCGUUGUCAAUGAUGUCCCAUUUGUCCUGGUUGCGAACGAUGCUGGUGUAGUGACCGGAGUCCACACUAGCCAACGAGUGCAACACUGA